CUGACCCACUGCGACUCUGCCAGUCAGUCCCUUCGGAUCUGCCAAGAGUCUCAUGCUGCGGAAAUCACCGGGCGUCACUCGCCUCAACAGUGAUUCUGAGUCUGCUCUUAGCUUCAUUCGCAUUGGCUUUUUCUGUUCCUGAACAGCUGCUUGGCCUAAAGCUUAGAGAAAGCAGACUUUUUUUCCCUCCCAAGAGAGCCCUGUACUCUGAGUGAUGGGGAGUGGGGAGCCUAAUUCUGCUAGCAAGAAAAAGAAGUACCUCAAGGCUGCCCUUUAUGUAGGUGACUUGGACCCAGAAGUCACGGAGGACAUGUUAUAUAAGAAGUUCAGGCCUGCCGGCCCUCUGCGUUUCACCCGAAUCUGCCGUGACCCAAUGACUGGCAGUCCUCUGGGCUAUGGUUAUGUUAACUUCCGCUUUCCUGCAGAUGCUGAGUGGGCCCUGAACACCAUGAACUUUGAUAUGAUUAAUGGCAAACCAUUCCGCCUUAUGUGGUCUCAGCCAGAUGACCGUUUAAGAAAGUCUGGAGUUGGAAAUAUAUUCAUCAAAAGCCUAGACAAAUCCAUAGACAAUAGGGCCCUUUUUUAUUUAUUUUCUGCUUUUGGUAACAUUCUCUCCUGCAAAGUCGUAUGUGAUGAUAAGGGCUCUAAAGGCUAUGCAUAUGUCCACUUUGAUAGCCUUGCUGCUGCCAAUAGGGCCAUCUGGCACAUGAAUGGAGUAAGGCUCAACAAUAGGCAGGUGUAUGUUGGCCGAUUCAAAUUUCCAGAAGAGAGGGCUGCUGAAGUCAGAACCAGAGAUAGAGCCAUUUUCACCAAUGUUUUCGUUAAAAACUUUGGCGAUGACAUGGAUGAUGAAAAGCUGAAGAAAAUUUUCAAUGAUUAUGGGUCAACUGAGAGUGUAAAAGUAAUAAGAGAUGCUAGUGGGAAAUCUAAAGGUUUUGGAUUUGUGAAAUAUGAAACACAUGAUGCUGCCCAAAGGGCUGUAUUAGGCCUGCAUGGAAGGUCCAUUGAUGGGAGAGUUUUGUAUGUAGGGCGAGCACAAAAAAAAAUUGAGCGUCUGGCUGAGUUAAGGAGAAGAUUUGAACGGCUAAGAUUAAAAGAAAAAAGUAGGUCUCCAGGGGUACCUAUCUAUAUUAAGAACCUGGAUGAGACCAUCGAUGAUGAAAAAUUGAAGGAGGAAUUUUCUCCUUUUGGAUCAAUUAGCAGAGCUAAAGUGAUGAUGGAAGUGGGACAAGGCCGAGGCUUCGGUGUAAUUUGUUUUUCCUCCUUUGAAGAGGCAACCAAAGCAGUGGAUGAGAUGAAUGGUCGCAUAGUAGGCUCCAAGCCCCUGCAUGUCACCCUUGGCCAGACCAGCCACAGGCGGUGAGAAUAAGAAAUGACCAAAUUGCUUCAGCCUUAAGCUGGUGCCUACUUAGUUUGGGCUAUUUUCUGAUAGGAGCUUACUUUACGCCAAUUCACUGUUUUCUUAUUGGUUUAUGUUUUAAAGUAAGUACUUUCUUUUGGAAAAAAUUGUGAAAAUAUAAAACCUUGCUCAUUGUAGUAAAACAUUUUAAAUUGUAAAAUUGUUAUUUUGUACUUUAAAAUUAUCACUAAACAUGUGUAGACUAAAUUUAUUCCUGCACACAUUUUUCCCAUUAACUAAUGAAUGUUUGAUUAUAUUUCCUCGUUUUGGCAAUACUGCUAAAUGUAGUGAUUGAAUAAAAAUAUUCUCAAAAUGGACCAUGCUAUUAGUAUGUCACAGAACAUUUUAUUUGCUUCUUGAGAAACUAAUUGCUCAGAUAAAAUAUAUAUGAUUUAAUUAACAUUUCUCAAUAAUUUUACUUUAUUAGUUGAAAUAAGUGCUCUUUUAAAGAGAUGUGAUCUUCCUUUAUUUACUUAUUUAUUCCUUUUUAAUAUGCUGUGAACAUAAUGCAGAUUUGAAAAUGACUCUGUAGAAAUUUGGGGGAAUUUUCUUUAGUAACUUCAUGCUAAGAUAAAAAAUUAUGUUGAUGUUUUCUCAGUCAGUGCUUUAGAAAAUUACUACUUCAGGCAUUAGUUAUUCAAAUUGUAAGUUGCAUCUUAAAACUUUAUUGAGGUCUGGAGUGACUGCUUGGCGUUAGCAUAUGGAAUUUGCAUGCCUGUGGCCUCAUAAUUGAUUCCAAGUAUUGCCAUAUUCUAGAUCUGACAGGUGUUCUGGUCACACUAUAACAUAAAGACAAAAUAAAAAGGAAGGGAAAAGAAGCAUUUCUGAUGAGAAUGAAUAUUUGAAGAUUGACUAAGGAGUACCAGGGCAAAAAUUAAAAUAUAUACAUUUGAAUUAUCUUAAAAAGAAAAUUAGCUCACUUUACCGAGUUGCCUCUACAGUGUAAACAUACAUGGAAAAUAAUCCUUAGAGUGAUAUUGAAAAAUAAUUUCAAGAGCAUCUUCUAUUCUCUUAAUUGUUCACUAUAUCCAUAUGUUUACAGAGGUUUCAAAGUAAAUGAAAAUGAUUUUAAAUUAAAACACAUGUCUCUAGUUAUUGUAUUAAAGUUAUUAAUUCAGUAUGGCUUUCUUUAUGUUUGGCUGCUUUAAAGUUCUGAGAAAAUGUUCUGUUCUAUAUUGCAAUUCCAUUACCUAGCCUGCUAUGUCUAAUUGCUAGAUUGCAGAUUUCAUUAACAAUUCCCUUUUCUACUCAGCCAUCUAUUACUUCUAUCUGUAUUCAGAAAACCUUUAUAUUUUAUUUGAAUUAUCUUUCUUUUAAUGUAUGUUAGUUCAAAUUCACCUUGGUGGUCCCCACCUGCAGGGGGAAAGCUUUGUUAGUGGUAAAGCAUUGCUGCAGGUGUCUCUCUCUCUCCCUCUCUAACAUCCCCUACCCUCUCAAUUUCUGGCUGUCUCCAUCCAAUAAAUAAAAAUAAUUAAAAAAUAAAACCAAAAAUAUUUAGGAAGUAGAUAAAUUAAUACCUAAUUUAUGUAAACUUUUAUUUAUUUUUUUCCUUUAUUGGGGGAUUAAUGUUUUACAUUCGACAGUAAGUACAAUAGUUUAUACAUGCAUAACAGUUCUCAGUUUUCCACAUAACAAUACAACCCCCACUAGGUCCUCUGUCAUCGUUUUCCAGGAUUUGUGUUCUACCCCCACCCACAUGGUGGUGAUACUUUAUAAGAUACAGCUAUAUAUAAAUAGCGUCAAAGACAUAAAUUUUGGUGAGCUCGUUCAUGUAUGAUAUAGCAAAUCCUAACAAUGGGGUUUUCUUUUAUUAUUAUUAUUUUCCUUUAUUGGGGGAUUAAUGUUUUACAUUCAGCAGUAAAUACAAUAGCUUGCACAUGCAUAACAUUUCUCAUUUUUCCACAUAACAAUACAACCUCCACUAGAUCCUCUGUCAUCUUGUUCCAGGACCUGAGCUCCCCCCAACCCCACCUCAUCCACCCCAGUCUUUUACUUUAGUGCAACACACCAACUCCAGUCCAGGUUCUGCUUAGUGUUUUAUCUUCUGAUCUUGUUUUUCAGCUUCUGCCUGUGAGUGAGAUCAUCCCAUAUUCAUCCUUCUGUUUCUGACUUAUUUCACUUAACAUGACUUCUUCAAGCUCAUCCAAGAUGGGCUGAAAACUGUGGUAAAAUUUUAUUAAUAGCUAUUUAAGUAUAGAGUUAACUCAUACUCCAUAUCCAACUAUGACAAAUGUGUAUUGUCUUUAAUCUGAGUUGCUUUUUUAAAACUCAUAUAGAAAUAUUUGGUUUCAUAUAUAAUAUAACAUAAAUUGUGUUAAUAUGUUUGUUAGAUGUUUGCUACAAAAUAAUGAAAAAAAUUUGUUUCAGUGUAAUUGUUUAUCUGAAAAUUAUAUAUAUUCAUUGUCAUACAUUUUCAAAUGAAAAUUGCUAUUUUAAUGAUUAUGAGCAAAGUACAUGUUUAUUGUAAAGAGUGUACACAAUGCAAAGUCUAUAAAGAAAGAGAAAAAAUUUUCAGUUAUCAGAUAGCCACAAAUAUUUUCAGUGUGUGCAUAUCCUUCCAUACAUUUAAUUUUAUGUAAACACAAACUAUUUUACUAACAAAAAUAAAAUAUAGUUGUUAUGGUUAUAUGUUCUUUUUAAUUUUAAAUUUAAAUUAUCACAUUUCAUUUCAAUAAAUAUUAUUCUAUUA